ACUGUUUUAGGCAAGCACAAACAAUAAUAAACAAACAAAAAGCCGUGCGUACGGUGCUGUUGUAAACAAUGGAAAAUGAAACCGUAAAACCGGCGUUCAAGAAAAAGGACCUUUCCGAAGUGAACCCCAUCGUGGGGAAGAAAAGACAGUGGAAAUCGCUUAAGCAAAUUCUGGCUCACGAGAAAUCCUUACCCUGGAAGGAAACGGAUGUAACAUACUCAUCGGUAAACGCACCGCCAUCCUUCAAGCCGGCCAAGAAAUAUUCGGAUAUUUCGGGGCUUAUCGCACCGUAUACGGAUCCUCAUUCCAAGCUGCGGUAUCAUAAUGCUGAAGAAUAUCAGACUAUUCGUUCGUUUCCGAUGGAUCUCACUGCUAGUUAUUUAGCGUUAAGAGGUGCCACAAGUAUAGUGUAG